AGGUGCGGCCGCGGCAUGCCGCCUACGUCGGGAGCGUGUGUCCGUUGCUCAGUUGCGGUUCUUUAUUAUCUUUAUUCUACAGUUGUGGCAUGUUUUGUGUUCGGAGGCGUCUUUGUGUUAGGUCCUCGUGUUGUCCUAGUAAGCGUUUCAGUUUUGGCCGCUGUUGUGUUUGUGAGGCCCGCUUGGAAACGACUUGCAAAUGUGGUACUGAACUGCGGCGAUGUCAAGGCGAUGCUGAUGACAGCUUUCUGUGAGUGCGUAACGCCCAUGGUUCGACGUGCUAGGUUUGUGCGUGCUUUGCAGUCGCCGAAAGUAAAAUGGUUAGUCAUUGCUUCAGCAAUAGUAUUGUUCAUCGAAGCUGCAGGACUGUACACAAUGUGUUGGGAAACGCCCUACGCACAGUUCACCUACCCACUAGAGGUGGAUGCACGCGAACUCCUACGUGCCCUCGAGGAUGGCCGCGCGCCUGCUGUGCGCCCUAUCAACUCUUGCGAGCGCUACCGCUUCAAAAUUCGCAACGAUCGCAAGUGCGCGGAAGUGAACGGCACUGUGCGCCUACUCUUGCUUGUGAAGUCCGCUCUGCAACACAGAUCACGGCGGGAUGCCAUCCGUCGGAGCUGGGGCUUCGAGUCCCGAUUUUCAGACGUCGUCAUACGGCGCGUUUUCAUGCUUGGUACUGGCAAGCCGGAGACGCAAGACGAAGUUGACGCUGAGUAUGCCCGUCAUAAGGACCUCGUUCAGGCAGAUUUCAUUGACGCUUAUUACAACAAUACUAUCAAAACGAUGUUGGGGUUCCGGUGGGCAUUCCAGCACUGUCGGAAAGCUGAAUUCGUGUUGUGUGUAGACGAUGACUACUACGUUUCUGUGAAGAAUCUUCUCAAAUUUAUUAGAAAUCCGUGGGGCCUGUCAGCGGUGGAAUCCGAGGAGGAGAACACACCCACAACAUUUAUUGGAGAUGGUCGUCUUUGGGCAGGCUUUGUGUUCGCCCGAUCGCGCCCGAUGCGGCAUCGUUGGAGCAAGUGGUAUCUAUCGUUGGAUGAGUACCCCUUUUCGAGAUUUCCACCUUAUGUGACAGCAGGCGCAUUUGUACUAUCCCAGCCGGCACUGGUGGACUUGUACCAAGUGUCUCAGUAUACGCGCCCUUUUCGUUUUGACGACAUAUUUCUUGGGAUCGUGGCACGAAAGGCUGGUCUGCAGCCUUUGCAUAGCGACGCAUUCCGCUUCUGGGGCCGGCCCGAGUCCCCGCAAGACUUUGAAGGAUUGGUGGCUGCUCAUGGCUUCAGCGAUCCUGAACUAUUAGUGCGUGUCUGGGAGCAGCAAAAGAGCCGUGGCCAGGCUUGAUUAUUUGUGUAGAUAUUUAGGUUUUCAACGGGACUCUGUUCUUUAGUUCUGGACUGUGUUCAACUGUGACAAUAAAUUCUUGUUAGCUGUUUUG